GCGAAAAACAGCUGUCAAGGAGUGUUGAAAAUUUUCCACUAGGGGCCUGAUGGCAGGCGCUUCGUGCAAAGCAACCACAGCAAAAAAGCAACAAUUCCGAAAGGUGAACGGUGCAAAUUGCCCCGUUAGUGAGGUGUGAAGGUUUCUGGCACCAUCAUCGGAGCUUGCCUGCUGACCGAGCCGUUUUCUCCUCUCCCUUUUCGUUCGUGCCGCGCGUUUCUGCCUGAUCUCGUUCCAGUAGUAUGGCCAGCGGAAGUGAGAGCUCCGACGAGUUUUACGAUGCACUGGACGACAGCAUAGUGGGUAGAACUGCAAACGAUGGCGAAGGAGGAAGGACAGCCGGUAGUGGUGGCGGUGGUGCCAGUGCCAGCAAAAGACGCGCCGUGAAUCGCAUCGAGGCCAGUCAUACGGCAGUGCAUGAAACCAUCGGCAGUAGCGGCGGCAGCGAUCACCAUCAUGCUGCACCGUACACCGACAGCUUGCAUUCCGCCGUGCAACAGCAGGGCCGGAUCCACCCGGCAGGACAGCUCGACCCAACACCGGACAGCACAUCGAAAAGGAGUCCCCUCAAACCGGCCGCCAAAGGACUAUCAGGCAGUGUCGGUUCCUCUGCCUUUGCUGACAAACCAUUCAAGGAGCCGAAGUCGCUUCGUAGUCAGCGAUUUCACGAGUUGCGCCAAAGCAUGCAUAACGACGAAGACGAGAACCCGGGCAAUAUACUGACGCCUGACUCACAGAACAGUUCCGUGGAGGGUAUGUACGUGUCGACUGGCCGAUCCAACUAUCCGUUUCGGGUGAUUGAAAGCGAUGUUGCCAGCAUUCACAGCAUCUCCUCGCUCGGCAUUGUGGGACGCAUCAUGGCGGGUGGCAGUAUUGAUGCAAGUGCGCACAGCGCCGCAUCAUCGAACAUGAAGCAGAUGCAAGCGACCGGCAAACAGCAAACCAGCAAGAAAGGCAGCAGCGGUGGCACAGGUCAAAAGGAAACAGCGAUUACAGAUAUUACGAAUAGCACAAAGCACCUUGCUGCCUCUAAAACCGCCGAUGCAGGAGUAUGCACUGUUCCUGUCACCACCGGCAUCGGCACCACAAGCGCUUCCGUACUGGAACGCCCGGUGGCUCCGCCACGCCGGAAGAAGAAGGCGCGCAAGCUUUCAAGCAGCUCGUCUGAGCAGUGCAAUAUGAACGAAGGCCUUAAGCUACCACCGGCGGACAGCUCGUCGAGCGAGUUGCUGGUGGUUAAGUUACCUCCGCCAGCACCAGCCGGUACCGAGGCUCACAGUAGCAGUCUCGGGAGCAAUGGGGCCAGCAGUGCAAGCGGUUCGGAUGUUACCACCACCGGUGGAGACAGCAACAGCGGUCAAACACUUCCGUCUCCUGCUACGCUCGAAUCGAUUACUCGCGAGAUAGAAAGCUCGUUCGAAGAGGCAGCCAGUGCGGUGGUCGGAUCCGGAACCGGCACCGUACCUGCCGCCACCACCACCGGCCUAUCGUCGCUUGCAAAUGGUGGUAGUGGUGGUGUCGGUAGCACCAUUAGCGGUGGUGCCGAUGCGUCCUUGAUGCGACUCGCGCACCAAACGGCCGCCACGAUGGCACUCGGCGGCAGCCAGCCCAAGUGCAGCCAUAUCAGCCCGACGGGCAGCAUCAAGAGCAUUUCCGGCCCAUCGUCCCACGUCAGCUGGACGGAUAAUGCGCAGGGGCUGAACAUUUACAAGGCGACCAAGGGCCAGUACGUGGUGAAGCCGACCGAUGGAGCGUUCAACAAGGCCGAGGGACCGUCGCGCGAUGAGAUUGCGCGGGUGGAGCGUAUCCGGCGUGAAUUUUUCCGCAACGUAGGCGGCGGCGGCGGUAUCGGUGUGGCUGGUGGCGGGAGCGGUACGGGAAGCAUCGGUGGUGUGCCCGGUUUGGGUGUCAGCGGGAUAGGCAAUCACCGGAAGAACUACUCGUUCACCGGUACGAACAGUCUGGAAGGUGGCAUGCGGCACGGCAGCCAGGCAGGGAAGCAGCUGCAUCUGCGCGAGCGCCGCAAAUCCGCCGGCGACGAGGAGCAGUUCAAGCAGAUGAACAUGUACGUACGUACGCGCACCAACUCCGGCAAGCAGCUCACCGACAUGGAAAUUCUCGAACAGGUGCCGGUGAAGAAUCUUGAUACGGGUGAAAAUUUCCCACUGUCGGCGGUAGAGGAAAAGUUGCCCCAUUGCAUUAACCCGCUGUCGCUGCACAUCAUGCGGCUGACCAGCCACAUCCCCGAAACGGACGAAGAGUCGGUGGGACCGCAACCGGACUCGGACUCGAUACAGCCCGGCUACGAGGAGGAGCUGGAAUCGGAGGGCCUGGAACGUGGGCGACUAAAGCGCCGGACGGCGCGGCUGAAACGCUUCUUCCGGACGACGGCGAAGAAAACGGUCAACAAAGCGAAAUCGAUUGCGUCGGAAGUGUCGCACGCCCGGCACAAGGAAGACGUCGCUGACAUACAGGACGUUGGCAACCCGGAGCAGAACAUCAAAAUCAAAGCGUCCAGCACGAACAAAGGGCCGUACGAUUUUGCCAAGUUGCAGCACGUGCAGGACCUGUCCGGCGAACACACGGUCGCAGUAUGGUGCAUGAAGUUUAGCAGCUGCGGCCGGCUGUUGGCAACGGCCGGGCAGGACCGGGUGCUGUGCAUUUGGGUGCUCAAGGAUGCAUACCCCUUCUUCCAAACGAUGCGCACGAAGUAUAACGCGUACCAGAAGUCGUCCCCGUCACCGUCGGAGGAGGCACUGAACACCUCCUUCGUCACAGUGUGUAAGGACGAGUCGUUGGCGGCGGAACCAUCGGACGACCCGUCGCCCGGUCCGUUUAUGUCACGGUCGUUCUGCACCUACACCGGCCACACGUCCGACCUGCUCGAUGUGUCCUGGUCGAAGAACUACUUCAUCCUGUCCAGCUCGAUGGACAAAACGGUCCGGCUGUGGCACAUCUCGCGCCGUGAAUGUCUCUGCUGCUUUCAGCACAUCGACUUCGUGACGGCGAUCGCGUUUCAUCCGCGCGAUGAUCGCUACUUUCUCAGCGGCAGCCUCGACGGCAAGCUGCGGCUUUGGAACAUCCCGGAAAAGAAGGUCGCCCUGUGGAACGAGGUCGACGGGCAGACGAAGCUUAUCACGGCGGCAAACUUUUGCGCGAACGGCAAAUUUGCGGUGGUCGGUACGUACGACGGUCGGUGCAUCUUCUACAACACCGAUCAGCUCAAGUACCACACGCAGAUACACGUUCGCUCUACCCGGGGGCGUAAUGCGAUCGGGCGUAAAAUCAGCGGAAUCGAACCAAUGCCAGGUGAAGACAAAAUUCUAGUUACAUCCAACGAUAGUCGCAUCCGGUUGUACGACUUGAGGGAUCUAAAUCUCAGCUGCAAGUACAAGGGUUACCUCAACUCGUCGUCGCAGAUCAAGGCGUCGUUCAGCCAUGACGGCAAGUACAUCAUAUCUGGGUCGGAAAACCAGUGCAUCUACAUCUGGAAAACUCAUCACGAGUACACCAAGCUAAGCUCGGUACGUCGUGAUCGAAGCGAUUUCUGGGAAGGCAUCAAGGCGCACAACGCUACCGUGACAUGUGCAAUCUUUGCACCGAAACCGGAGGCGAUUAUCAUACCCGAGUAUGACGAAUUAAACAAUAGCAAUAUCACCCUUAACCAAUCGCUGGUGGAACAAAGCAAUAAAGCGUGCGGCGGGUAUGUGAUGGUGAGCGCUGACUUUAGCGGAUGUAUUAAGGUGUUCAUCAACAAGACGAAACCGAAGCACAGCAGCCUUCCGUACACGGCGAUAGCGGAUUAAGCGUUCGGCGCAGCAACAACACGCCAUUCGAGCCAGCGAUCAGCGACCGGUAUUGACCAGCAAUGGAGCAUUUUAGCAGUUUAGCAUUUUCCGCUCGUUUUUUUUUCCUGUUCCUUUGCUACCCGCCCAGUUCCGGUACAUGGAUGGGUGGGAAAGGAGUGGGAUGCAUCCGCGGAAAAGCUCGUGAUGUGAGAUGGGGUAAGGCCAGAGAGUGAGGCCACCGAGUAUACAGAUUUACCACACAACUGAAGGAAGGCUGCCUGUUUGUCUGCUGUCGUUGUUCGAAACAGGAAGCCAUUUCAAUAGGUCCUUUAUUUGCUCUAUUACGCCGCUAUUACUGUACUGGUUUUGCCACAGUCUCGCUCUUCAAAUUAGGUUCAAUUUGCUCCUUACACACACACACACCCACACACGUCUCGGAACACUCCCAGUGGGAUGAGCGCUAGGCCACAAGCUAGGGGUUAACUUAUUAUACUUCUUCAUUAUACAACAUUUUGCGUUUGCAAUACUAAUAAUCGCCAAACCGCCUCUCGUUCGGCAUCAUUUGCAAAUUGUUGGCGCCUGCAGAAUAACACCAAAUAUUUGAAAAUAGGAUUAAUGCGUAGCGUUUAGUGGCAGCGCAGAGAAACAAUUUGAAUAUUACAACAAGAAAACACACACACACUAUCGAGAAAAUCGCACAUAUGCCAUUGCGCGUGUGUGCGUGCGUGUGAGGAAAAAGAGGCGAAGUGGGUGACUAAAUUUAGGAAACAGAAACAGAAAAUAGGGAAAAUGACAGGCGUGUGUUGCACGUUUCCACCCGAAGGUAGCUUACGAGAUGUGCGUU